GGAUAGCGUCCGUGUUGUUUUAUGCUACUUUCCACCACAGCUAUCCUAACUUGCAAACAGGCGCCCGGCAAGAAGUACCGUGAGGUUUGGUGAAACGAUGGCGUCGAAACCACAGGGAACGUGCUUCAUUUCUGGCUUUAAUCAGUUGUCGAUUAGCGGCAGCUUUCGCUGAGUUAAUUGGGGAAGCCACAGUGUCGGAGAAUGCUAACCGGUUAGCCCGGCGUCGUUGCUAGCUGGCUAAGGAAGUUAGCCAGUUAGCUAGCAAGCCGCGUCAGCUUGCCGGAGGCUGUUCUCUUGUUUCGCGCAAUUUAAACCUGUGCACGGAGCUCCGGAACUUUCAGGCGAGCAUUUAAAGGAAAACCUUAGAUUGGGUCUUCACUAGUGUCCGAUGUGAUUCAGUGAAACUUCCAUCGACUUGUUUAGAAAUGAGGAGUCAUCACAGUUUCUCCUGAGCGGCUGGUUCUCUGCCAGCGCUGCUCUUUUGUUUUGACAAAGGAGAAGGAACGGAGUUGCUCUCCCACAUCAGGUGGGGGUAAAGUUUCUUUGGCCGCUUAUUUUUAUUUUUUUUUUAAUUUAUUUGUGUAUUUGUUGUGGCGAUGGCUCCACACAAGCAGAGCUCCUCAGGUGGGAGCCACCCGGUGGGCUGCGGUCCCGGAGGAAAAGCCAACGGGUUUCACCAGGCAGCGUCCUCCGCCUCCUCCUCCUCCUCCUCCUCUGCGGUGGCCCCAGCCAAGAAGCCCAACAUGCAACAGAUCCAAGCCGACCACGAGUUGUUCCUGCAGGCCUUCGAGAAACCAACUCAAAUCUACAGGUUCCUACGCACGAGGAACUUAAUCGCUCCCAUAUUCUUGCACAGGACUCUCACCUACAUGUCCCACAGAAACUCAAGGAAUAAUGUCAAAAGGAAAAGCUCCAAGGUGGACAAUCUGCUGUGCAAAGUGGAGAGGAUGAAGGGGGAGCUAGAGACUCACAGCUUGGCCUCUAACCUGCAGCUCACCUUCACUGGUUUCUUUCAUAAAGCUGGGAAACCAUCUCAGGACUGUGAGAAUGAGCAGAACUCUGUGUCGCUUGAGGUGCUGCUGGUCAAAGUGUGUCACAAGAAAAGGAAGGAUGUGAGCUGUCCAGUGAAGCAGGUCCCCACAGGGAAGAAGCAGGUUCCUCUGAACCCGGACACGGGCGCUGGAGUCCAGGCCAAGCAGGGCUCCUCCCCCUUCCUGCUGGUCCCCAGCAGCGAGUUUGAACCCAGCAACUCUCACAUGGUCAAGUCUUACUCGUUGCUGUUCAGGGUGUCGCAGCCCGGAUUCCCCCGAACACAAGUCAACGGCCUGACCAACGGAGAGAAUCACCACAACAGAGAUUUUACAGAGGAAGUGGUGAACAGGAAGAGGAGGAGCUCUGCUCUCAGGGAGGAGGGGGAAGCCACAUUUGUGGCUCAGAUGACUGUCUUUGAUAAAAACAGACGUCUGCAGUUGUUAGACGGAGAGUACGAGGUGUCGAUGCAGGAGAUGGAGGAAUGUCCUGUUAGUAAGAAGAGGGCAACCUGGGAAACCAUCCUGGAUGGAAAGCGUCUGCCUCCAUUUGAGAGUUUUUCCCAGGGUCCCACGCUGCAGUUCACCCUGCGUUGGACCAGUGACGCCUCCGAUCGCUCUACUGCACCUGUGGCUAAACCUCUGGCCACCCGCAACUCUGAGACCAACCAGGACACCAGACCAAGCACGCUGAGAGCGACACAGACACUGGCUCUAAAAGAGUCCAUCAACGCUGAUGUACAAACCAGAAGGGAACAAAUCUCAGCGGAGCCCAGACAGAAGUUACGCAUCUUCUACCAGUUCCAGUACAACAACAACACUCGGCAGCAGACGGAGGCCAGAGACGACCUCCACUGUCCCUGGUGUACACUCAACUGCAGGAAGCUCUACAGUCUGAUCAAACACCUGAAACUGUCCCACUCCCGCUUCAUCUUCAACUACGUGCCGCAUCCUAAAGGUGCAAAGAUAGAAGUCUCCAUCAACGAUGGUUAUGAUGGUUCCUACGCAGGAAAUCCUCAGGACAUCCACAACCAGCCAGGCUUCGCCUUCAGCAGGAAUGGCCCCGUCAAGAGGACCACCGUCACCCACGUGGUCGUCUGCAGACCCAAGAGGACGAAGCCAAGUCUGUCUGAGUUUCUGGAGUCGGAGGACGGCGACCAAGAGCAGCAGAGGACGCACAUCAGCGGACACAACCGCCUCUACUUCCACAGUGACAGCUGCGUUCCUCUGCGGCCUCAGGAGAUGGAGGUGGACAGCGAAGACGAGAGGGACCCUGACUGGCUCAAAGAGAAAACCGUCAAGCAAAUCGAUGAGUUCACAGACGUCAACGAGGGCGAGAAGGAGAUCAUGAAGCUCUGGAACCUUCACGCCAUGAAGCACGGCUUCAUUGCUGAUAACCAGAUGAACGAGGCCUGUCUAGUGUUUGCCGAGCAGCACGGCGCCCACAUCGUCAAACACAACCUGUGUCGCAACUUCCUGCUGCACCUGGUCAGCAUGCACGACUUCAACCUGGUCAGCACGCAGACCAUUGACCAGGCCAUGGCCCGUCUCCGCCUCCUCCAGAGCCAGGCCACUCAGACAGACAAAGAUGAGGAGGAGGAGGAAGAGGAGGACUGGGAGACAGCUGUGGAGUCCCAGCCAGAGCUGGAUCCUGAACCGGACCCAUAUGAGUAUAAACCCUGCAGUGAUGAGAUGAGCAACCACGGGGGUCGGGGGAAGCAGGAGGAAAGGAAGCAGGAGGAAAGGAAGCAGGAGGAAGAGAAGCAGGAGGAAGAGAAGCAGGAGGAAGAAAUGCAGGAGGAAGAGAAGCCGGAGAAAGAGGAGCAAGAUGAGGAGCAGUGACAGAGAGGAUAUGAUAAAGAUCCAAAACAGGACAUGGGUUUGAAAAACUGAUGUUACAAACCUGAAUCAAGAAAAGGCAACUGACAAACAAACAGGUGUUAAAACACACAGUUCACUGCAGGGUUCAUAUUUUCAUCAGAACUGAGACGAACUUUUUAUCACAAAAGUCGUUGGUUUUUUAACAGUUUUCACACAUUUAAACUGGAGAAAAGCUUCAAAGCUCAAUACUCAUGGAAGUGAAGAAGUCCGCCCACCAAGUGACAACAAGAUGAAGCAAGCAUGAAUCAAGCUUAGCCUUAAAUCUUGAUUUGUAGCAACAGAUUAAAUAGAAAUAAAGCACGCUGGUGAUCGAGAUAUUUCUAAUUGUCAACCAUUGCCACAAAAAAAGCAAAACCAACCAAGUGUUAUUUCUCAACGCUUUCCAACUUCUCCAUCUGUAGCUCUCAGCUCCAAAACACACCGGUUUGUUCGUAGCACAAAGCUGUUUUUUUAACAGGAGGAUAUACUGCAUUUGUUUAGGACUAUUUUCACUGACGGAUUGAUACAGAAUUUGGUGCCCUCCUGAGUAUUUGGGGCAGCAGAGAUACACUAGUCUUUGAUUCACACACUGUACGUGUUUGCAGGAGACAUUCAUUGUUUGUUUGGAUCAUUUAGGGAUUUGUUGACAAUAAGGACAUUUCAGAGUAAGACGAGCCGACAGGUUUUUUCCGUUGGUAUUGUUUCUUUUUCAGUGUUCAAAGGAAACUAAAGUUAAAAACGGGGAUGAUUGUGAAGUAGCUUCUCCUCAGAGGGUGAGAAGAGCCGAUCAGUGACCUUCCAGAUCAUGAACUGUAAACAAAGAUGGACGCCGUGUCUCAACUUCCUCCUGUCAAACACAAAUGGAGCUAAAAUAUCUUGGAUACCGAUGCUUCCAUCGUGUGCUGGCGACUUCAUCUGGAGCCAGAGCAGUAGUGAUCGUGGAGUUGAGCCGCACCAUCAAGGUCCCACGAUACACCCACCAAACCAAUCACCUCUUUUUCAUUUCAUCACUUGAAACCAAACUUAUCAGAAACACUUGAACAAUCAGUGUGAUAACAACUAGAUGAACUGACAGAUACUUUGUUAAAUGUGUAUUGUUUUUGUUUGAUCCUUGUCCCAUCUGCUAAUAUGGAUGAGGCUGGAUUUAUGAUCUAUACUGCAGCCAGCCACAAGGGGGAAAGGAGACUCUUUGGCUUCACUUUCUGGAGCUGUCAUAUUGUCCAUCAUGAUUCACAGUCGCACCUUCAGAACCCUAAAACAUCAACUGGAGAUGACAGGUUACACUUUUUUUUUCAGUGAGUCAUUUCUCAGACGGGGUUUGGUUUAUUUUCCUCAUUGCAGCACCUGCCCACUUCGCCUGUUCUGUACAUAAGACUUUGUGUAACUAUAUGUAACGAAUUAGCUUUUGAAUAUGGAUGUGCGGAAACCUGAACACCAUGCAGGAGUUUCCCAUAGCCUCUUAGUUUACAGACCAAAGGGGAUUAAUUUGCUGCAGAUUUCCUCGCUCCUGUUCGUGUCUCCUGUGAAAAUGAAAAACACAAUUUCUGCAAAGCAGACUCAGGCUGAAUAAUCCGACAGCAUGUCACUGCCUCAAGCACUCGGUGCAAAUGUUGGUGCUGCCUUACAGUUUCAGUUUUACUAUUAUCCAGAUGUGACCAGCUGUUGGGAACUGGCACUAAUGUAGAGAUAUUUUCAAGUUUGAUGGGAACAGUUGAUUUCAUGUGUAACUCUCAUAUUUCAGUGCCGCUCUUUAAAAGCUUUACAUCAGUCAGACGUGGACUGACCCAGCGAGCAGAAAACUGGUUUAAUACGUGACGGUUCUGAGCACUUUUUGUUUUAUCAGAGGUUGCUGUUAAUUUUAGAGUUGUUUUUUUUUUUUUUUUUUUUUUCACAUGAGACCAGCAGCAUUUUGCACAGUACAAGAGGAGCCAUGUCAAGAAAACAAGACUUUUCUUCAACAAUAAUGUAAAACUAGCUGAGUCAAAAUGGUUGUUUAUUAAAAAGAACAAUUUUGUACAAUUUUCA